CGGAGCUCCGAUGCCGGAGCGCACAGCGCGGCCCUGAACGCAGCGCGCGCCGCGGCCAGCAGGCAAGCGGCGGCGGAGCGGCAUCGCGGCGGCACAGAGCCGCAGCGCGCCCCCGACACCAGUGCUCCACGAGAAGCCGAGACACGCACACCGCCGCCGCCAGUCCACUUUCUCCCCACGGACUCUUCGCCGCCAGCGGAGCCGCGACGCUCGAAGAACAUCCUGCAAACUGUGACCGCUCUCCCCAGAGCCCCGGUCGGAGUCUCGCUCAUUCAUCGGGUCGAGGCGAGCGGGGAACUUUUGGCGAGAACUACGCAAACAAGUCGCCCACCAUCCCCCCCCCCGGCGGUCGAUACCUGCCGCCCGCGGACACACCGGGGGCCUGACAAGGACUCCGCCAUGAGUGAACAGAGUAUCUGCCAGGCGCGAGCCGCUGUCAUGGUGUACGACGACGCCAAUAAGAAGUGGGUCCCGGCCGGCGGCUCCACCGGCUUCAGCAGGGUCCACAUCUACCACCACACGGGCAACAACGCCUUCCGCGUGGUGGGACGCAAGAUCCAGGAUCAUCAGGUGGUGAUAAACUGUGCAAUCCCCAAGGGCCUGAAGUACAACCAGGCCACGCAGACCUUCCACCAGUGGCGCGACUCCAGACAGGUCUACGGCCUCAACUUUGGCAGCAAGGAGGACGCCAACGUGUUCGCCAGUGCCAUGAUGCACGCCCUAGAGGUGCUCAACUCCCAGGACUCUGGCCCAACACUGCCCAGACAGGGUCCCCAGGUCCAGAAUGGGCCCACACCAGAAGAGAUGGAGCUGCAGAGAAGGCAGCUCCAGGAGCUGCAGCGGCAGCAGGAGAUGGAGCGCGAGCGUCAGGAGAAGGAGCGCCAGGAGCAGGAGCGCCUGGAGCGCGAGAUGCUGGAGCGCGAGCAGGAGCGCGAGCGUCAGGAGCGCGAGCGCCAGGAGCGGGAGGCGCAGGCAGAGAGGGAGCGACUGGAGCGCGAGCGCCAGGAGCAGCAGGAGCGCGCCGAGCGUGAGCUGAUGGAGAGGGAGAAGGCGGAGAGAGAGCGGCUGGAGAGGGAGCAGCAUGAGCAGUUGGACAGAGAGCAGCAGGACUGGGAGAGAGGGAGACGCGUCUCUAAUGCCGCUUUUGAAAGCACCCUGUACACCCCCACACCUCAGGAGUACGGUAGAACAUCCUCGACACCUGUGUCCCCAUCCACGCCCACCUACCCAGCUCCUGGGACUCCAUUGUCGCCGUCGAACACCACACCCCCAACGCCGCCGCUCAGGCACUCGGCCUCCCGAUUCGCCACCUCGCUCGGUUCUGCCUUCCACCCGGUCCUGCCUCACUACGCCACGGUGCCGAGGCGACAGCAGGCCCUGCCGCAGGCCCCGGCCCCGGCUCCGGCUCCGGCCCCCGCCCCUCCUGCUGCACCCAAGUCUGUGGUGUGGUCGGCGUGCAACUUUACCCCACUGCCUCCGUCGCCCCCUGUCAUGAUCAGCAGUCCCCCGGGAAAGGCCGCAGGUCCGCGGCCACUCAUUCCCAUUGCGGCGCCUUCCCCUCUGACCCAGAAGCCUCCCUCGCCGUCCCCCAACGGCCCACCCAUGUUCCCCGCACCCUCUCCUUUGACCAUCCCACACAGCCACACCCCUGUCGGCAUUGCAUGUCCAACCCCACCUCCCCCACCCACCCCGCCCCCUCUCCCCUCCCCUGUUGCCCACCAUCCGUCUUCCUCCUCCACCUCGUCUCCCCCUUCCUCAUCCCAGGCUCCUGGUGUGCCCUCUCCCUCCACAGCGCCCCCUGCUGCUGCAGCCACUGCCGCCACCGCUGCCUCUGUUGAGCACCUCUCCCUCCCCGUGGGCCUGGGCCUGUCGGGGCCGGGGGAGCUGGACACAGAGCCCCUCUCGCCUCAGGGGGGCUUCUCCUGUCAGCCCCAGGACCUUGUGCAGACCCCAGGGUUGACCACCCCGACUCCUCCCCCGCCUCCACCGCUGCCACCCAGCUCCACUGUGACCUCCGCGGCCGCCACCCCCGCCGCCCCGGCCAACCACCCUCCUCCACCCCCUCCUCCUCCUCUCCCUCCCACACUGACUCCAUGUGGGACGCCCCCGCCUCCGCCGGGUCCACCCCCUCCUCCCGGAGCCCCGCUCCCUCCCCCGGCACCCCCCCUCCCCGCUGGACUGUUCUCUCCCGCAGAGGAUCGACCACUCUCGGGCCUGGCCGCCGCCCUCGCCGGAGCCAAGCUGCGCAAAGUGGCACGGAGUGACGAUGCGGUGGCCGCACUGGCAGCGGCCAUGUCGGGGGCCGGAGCGGCCGCGGGGGCCAAAUCUGAAGCCAGAGGCAACGGCCCUCUGGCCGGAGGAGGAGGCCUCAUGGAGGAGAUGAGUGCCCUGUUGGCCAGGAGGAGAAGAAUUGCAGAGAAGGGCUCGUCGCCUGAACCUGACCAGAGAUCAGAGGAGGGCGACAUAAACACGACCCCGAAAAUGUCAGCCUGUAGCACACCAGACAUGCCCAGGAAGCCCUGGGAAAGAACAAACACCAUGAACGGUAGCAAAUCUCCAGUUAUUGGAAGACCCAAAUCCACUCCUACACCUACUGCAUCCUUAACUGCCAACGGUGUGCCAACAGAAGCUGUUGACUAUGACAGAUUGAAACAGGACAUUCUGGAUGAGAUGAGGAAGGAGUUGUCGAAGCUAAAAGAAGAGCUGAUUGAUGCGAUCAGGGAGGAGCUGGGCAAGUCCAGCACGGCGUAGCGGAUCCAAACUGGCUGUUCAGAGCAUCUCCACCACCGUGACCCGGAAACAAGACAACCACGGUCAGCCGAAGACGUGACAAAAGCGAUGGAGGGAUACGGCGGCGACAAGCGGUGGAGACGCCGCCUAUGAUGAUGAUGAUGAUGAUGAUGAUGAUAAUGAUGAUGAUGAUGACAAUAAUCACAUUGAUACCGACAGCGGACUUUAUGUGGGGGUGGAGCGGCGUUGGACAGAACAACGGUGGACGGGGGAAGUGGUGGGGAAGGCUGGUUAAACUCUAUAUAGCUGCGUCUCACGGAAUCCACUCCGCAAAGUCCCCCCCCCCGUCUCAUCCUGGGGGACAGCGCUCGGGUCCGAAAGAGAAGCAACAUUCUUUAUGCAAAGGUGCUCUCUCUCUCUCUCUCUUAGACCUUUCAUAAAAAGAGAAAGAAAAAAACAAAAACAAAAAAUAAUAUUGAACUCUUCGAUGAUACUGUAUUAACCAUUGGCGCGCGAGCAACAACGUUGAUGCUUAGAACCCGAACUCUUGUGAUCUACUAUCAAAAGGCACGUUUCGUGAAGCGAUAGGAGGAAGGGGGGGGGGGGGGGGGGUGGAAAAUAAAAACUUUGUUUCCCAUAAUGCCAUAGGGGUAGCGUGCGUGCGUGCGUGCGUCCGUGCGUGCGUGCGUGCGUGCGUGUGUGUGCGCGCGUGUGUGUGUGUGUGUGUGUGUGUAUGGGGGACUGACAGUCUCCGGUGAAGUCCACCACUGCAGGACACUGUAAAAGCUUGUCUUCCUGAAAUCUAUUUUAACCUGAAUCGUGUACAAAAGAGAGAAAAAAAAGUUAUUUAGAGAAACCCGCGUCUGUCUCAGUGUAGAUCCAUGGCCACUUCAAGUAGCUCAAUAAUCCCGUCUGUCCCCCUCGUCUGCGGAGUCGUCCCCGUCGGCGGAGGUGUGCCCCUCCUGAAGGCGGGCGACAUUUGCGCGGAGACCCCCCCCCCCCCCCCCCUUUGGGCCCCCCCCCCUUGGGUCAUCCGUUCUGGUGCACGGACGGUCGUCUUCUUUGCGAGGUGAGGGUCGCCAGUCUGCCACGGAAAUCGUACGAGCUGUCGCAAGUUUUAUUACAAGCAAUAAGUGUAGCAUCUAUUUUAAGGCCCGGCUGCCCGAGUCCCCAACACCCCCCAGACAAGUCUCAGUGUUUGUCUGCCCCCCCCCCCACCUUGUUGGACACUCCAACUUUGUCGACUGAAGGCCGACUAUGACAGGAUAUCAGAACGACACUGUAAGAAAAUGGAAUUUCUCAAUCGUCAAUACUCAACCUUUUUUAUUAUUUAGGAUUUUUUUUUUUUUUUUUUUUUACCUAUACAAUCCAAGGAUACUGUAUCUUUAGCCGCGUUGGAGCUGAACAGAUUUUUUUUAUUUUAUCGUUUUAUUUUUACAGCAUUUAUACAAGAAAAAAAAACUUUUUACACGGUGCACAGGUCAACCCAAAUAUGUACGAGAUGGUGUCCACACGAGGACAUGAAUGUGCCAUUUACCCUUUCACCGGUGCUUACCGGUGACGUCUUUGUCUCAUCUCUUUGUCUUUGCCUUUCAUCUCCUGCCGCUGUCCGAUCCUUAAAAAAACCAGAAGCUGCGUUUUCCCUGCACAUGCACAUAUAGAAGGGAAAGUGUCACUUUGUUCUAAAAAAACUAAAAAAACGAAACGUUUGUUUUCAACAUUUCUUUCAGUUGGGUGCUGAGUUUUGUUGAGUACAAUCAACCCGAGAGGCCUGUUGCAUGUCAAGGUAGCAGAUAGAAAAAGUCCACGUUCGUCACCGUUCUGUUCUCCUGAGCAGGGACGGCAGCACUAAUACAAUCAGACCUCAUGACUCCCUGACGGCCACUUUGCGGCGGAGUCUGCAGGACCAACUUAACAACAACAACAACAACAACAACAACAACCUUUGACCUUCCAGAGGAUUCUUGAGCGACAGGAUAUCCUAGAAUAAAGGUUUCAAGUUGACGCUUUAAGUCAUUUAGCAUCGUCGCCGGUCAUUGUGAACUUACCAGGCAACAGUGUGCAUCCCGUCGCCGUGGUUCAACCUCGAUGCCGCGUGCAUGGCCCCCCUUCGCAACAGGCCGGCAGUGAUGCGAGGUGUUCAGGUACGACUGCCCCCACACUACACUUCCCCGCCCCGCAGCUUUCGCGGUGAGCGGCCGUUGCCCCCUAUCGGUGGAGUACACUGGCGUAUCUACGCUCUCUGAUACGGCAAGUGGGCGGAACGCGCCCGAUUUGCUCCCCAUCGCACCCAAAGAAGGGCACACUUGCAUUCACAUGCUAAGACAGCGGCCCACUUCCGUCGUUUGUUGCAAUAGACUUUCACACCGGAUUUGAACCGUGACCGAGGGGACGCGAAACCGAAUUUUUCCAGUGGAACGGGGCACAGUUCGUCGAUCCAUUCCUCGGUACGAACAAUCCGGACCUCGGCGUCAGGUGUGCCUGGAUCUGGGCCGAGUCUGUGAACCCCCCCCCCCCCCCCCCCCCCCCUUAAUAUGGCCAAGACAUUCUGACUGUCACCGGGGUUUCCCAUCAGGGACUCGGACCCCUGACUCCAGUACAAGUAUACUUAUAUCCAAGUAUUCUUCGCUCUUCAAUGGUAGAUCCAUAGAAGGAACUACAUGCAUACCACCAGCCAAUGUAUCGGAGGUCGUAGGUACACAAGUGCACUCAGGACAACACUGCUCAUGUGAAACCUUGCUUGUAAGGAAUCAUACCUAACACGAAGAAGCCCACAGGCUCUGGACUGACCCCAGCUUUCAUUCAAGAGACCCCCCUUCAUGUGGUGGUCGACUCCCACGUCGUACAAACUCCACACUCCAAGUGUGUUCCGGUUUCGCCAAGCCUAUGCCAAGACAACCCCAACGACGUCGCUUUGUUAUUUUUCAGACUCGGGUGAUGUGUCGUUUUUUUGUCCGGGAGGCCUGAGUAGAAUAGAAUUCGCCACGUAGACUGAUUUUUCAUGUUUAAAAUGACUAUUUUUCGGAGAAUCUGCGAAAAGGGUUAUCAUCGUAACGCACAGCCCUUAGACCUGGUGUCCAAUCAGAGGGUUCGUUAAUCAGGGGCUGUCUGCUGAACACAGCUUUUCAAGGGCUCGGAAGUUAUAGCUUUGCUGCAAAAGAAAAAAAAGUACAUAUUCUCCCCCUUGCUUUCUGUCAUUUGCUCGGGGUCUUAGGUCAAAUUUGCUUUCAAUUCCGUUUGGCCUCCACCCUUUGGUUGGGGCAUCUGUGUGAGCUGGUCUAUUCCGUGCUCUCGACUCUCCGUCGAUGGAGCCGUGGCACCUUUUUCGUCCGCCAUUCUUUUUUUCUCUCAAGUGGGAAAAAACACGCCCGGCCGAGAGGCUCGCUGUCCUGAGUGUUUACACAGCAUUGAUUGCACUUUACGAGAAAAAAGAAGAAGAGGAAAAACAACCCCGCAAGCGCAAACCAACGCCCCCCGACACCAGUUGCUCAAAGCCUCCGUCGACCCGACAGCGUGGCCGCCUCACCAAAGGAUCCAAACCGGCAGUCUCCGGCUCAAAACGUGAUCACGCUCAACGAAGUCGCCUUUCUUUAUUUUUGUAUCAUUUUAUCCAAGCGAUCAAAAUAAAAAAAACCCCCGCAGAACGAUGUCCAUCUCCAUAUUCAGUCCUUUGGACGCGAUGGCGGCUGAGAUGUUUUGAAGCUAUGUGGUCUGUGCCUUGUUCUAAAGUUGCAUUUAUAUGUUCAAGAUAUAAAGAUGAGUAGUAAUAAUAUCUAGGGACUGUACUUAUGAUCACAUGCAGUUAUUAUUGUCUUUCUCUGUCUUUUCUCGUUUUGUUUUUCUCCCUCCGUCACGAUCAUUUGAUUUGAAGGGAGAGUUCAGUGACCUUGGAUACUGUUCCUCACCAAGAAAACGUCUUUGCACCGAGAUCUUCUUUGUUUGUUAGUUGUUGGGCUCCUUUUCUUUCUUUUCUUUUUCUUUUUUUUUUUACAAUAAUGUGGUUUCAUUCUGCACAGUUGUGAGGUUGUUUUUCUUACAGCUCAGAAGUACAGUCAAACCUUCGUGUCGUUUAAGCCUCGCAAGGGUUCAAAGAUGAUCUUCGCUCUGAGAGGAUUUUUAUUUUUAUUUCUGAACCGAGUCCUGAUGAGUCAGUGUCCUGUGUUCCCUCACGCCAGGUAAUUGUCACAGAGGCCGUUUGUGUUCAGCUGCAUUUUUUUGCUUUCCUUUUUUUUCUUUGCGCACACUUGGACACCUCUGAUCAAAUCGAUUUUAGUCUUGAGUGAGAUCCGGUCCGUGUGCAUGUGGGAUUGCUGAUGGAAACAUUUAUCUUUGUCCGUAAAAAAAAAAAACAACCAUUUUUUUCUGUCGAAGGAAGUGAAAGAAUUGUGAAUUUUUGCAGGGAUCAUUUGCAGAGAUUCCGCUUUGGUUGAGGCGAGUGUCAUGGAUGGGUUUCCACACUUAUUCUUUUAUCAUCCGCAUUGUACUAUACUGUUCUCACGUUAAUUAGUCUUUCUUAAAAAUACUAACAUUGUUUUUGUUUGAGCAAAUAAAAUUUUAAAAAUCGCAA